UAAAAGCUUUGCGAUUUCGUUCGUGUUUACAAUCCAUCGAUUAGUUCGUGUUGUUUAUCGUGCGAUUCGGUCGAAAAGUUUCGUCGAAAGUGUGUGUAGAAAAUAAAAUAUAUUAGUUAUUAUUAUAGUUUUAUUAUUAUUUGAUAUCUUAAUCGUUCAUUAUGUCGAUUGUUCCACUCUGGCCGAGUUUACGGCCAAGAAUAACGGAUCCUUUGUGGUUCGAUGCUGACAGUCCCGUUGACGAGGAAUCUGAAGUAACUGCUUUAGAAGCUGAACAUCAAGCAUGGAGAGAACAUGUCCGUGUACAAGGAUACGACCAUAUACCGAUCGGGAAAACAGUUAGUGACUUUAGAGGAUCGGAGGAAGAGGAAGAGGAGGAAGAAGAGGAGGAGGGUGACGGGGAGGAAGAGGAAGAGUCGGACACCCAUGAAGAAGAAGAGGAAGAAUUAGAUGAAAUAGACAUGGAAGUUAGCUACCCUCAUCAACCUCAAAGAUCUAGUCCAACGGACACAGUGACAGAUCCAGUGUCCAUCAGAGUGGUCAACAGUGUCAAUGCGCAUACUCCUCGUUAUACUUAAUUAAGAUAUUGCAUUUCCUGAUUAACGCGACCGAUCGGCUCUUUUAGCUAGUACGUCCCGUUUAAUUCCUAUCUAGGAUGGAUAAUUAACGUAAUAGAAAAAGAAAACGAACAAAAAAAAAAACAAAAGAAAGGAAAGAAGAAAAGAAAAUUAUUUAUCUUUAAUAGAAUGAACGGAUUUAAUAUAUUCAUUAAUAAAACUUAAUCUCUUUAUAGUACGCAUA